AUGUUGUCUGCAAGGGCAGGAGAGAACCAGUCAAAUUUUGACAAGGGGGAUGUCGCGUUCAUCAUCCUAUGCGGCGCCCUCGUCUUCUUGAUGAUUCCCGGACUGGCGUUCCUCUACUCCGGCUUGGCAAGAAGAAAGUCGGCACUGGCGCUUAUUUGGUCCAUCGCAGCCGCCAACGCGGUGACCAUCUUUCAGUGGUACUUCUGGGGAUACUCGCUCGCCUUCUCUCCUGAUGCAACAAAUGGCUACAUCGGCGACCUCACGCGAUUCGGCCUGCAACGCGCGCUCGACCAGCCGUCACCAGGCAGCACGCUCAUCCCAGAGCUACUCUAUGCAUUUUUCCAAAUGGAAUUCGCAUGCGUGACUGUAUGCAUUUUGUGCGGUGGUAUAGCAGAACGCGGACGUGUACUGCCAUUCUGUAUCUUCGUCUGGUUUUGGUUGACUCUUGUCUACUGCCCGCUUGCGAUGUGGGCAUGGGGAGCGAACGGCUGGGGCUUCUCCUGGGGAGUGCUUGACUACGCAGGUGGCGGCCCAGUCGAGAUCGGAUCCGGAGUUGGCGGUCUUGCGUACUCUAUGGUCCUCGGCCGUAGACGCGAACGCGAACUACUGAAUUUCCGACCCCAUAACGUCUCCCUCGUUGCACUAGGCACUUUCCUACUCUGGUUCGGUUGGUUAGGCUUCAACGGAGGAUCGGCUUUCGGCGCUAACCUGCGUGCGAUCAUCGCCAUUUGGAACUCUAUGCUUGCUGCUGCCUUUGGUGGUAUAGUCUGGUGUGCACUUGACUUCCGGUACGAGCGCAAGUGGUCAGCCGUAGGCUUCUGCUCUGGUACCAUCGCUGGUCUAGUCGCUGCCACACCCGCCUCCGGAAACAUUCCGACGUGGGCAGCCGUGGUCAUGGGCAUAGUCACAGGCGCAGUCUGUAACUACGCCACCAAACUCAAGUUCCUCAUGCGCAUCGACGACGCCCUCGAUCUUUUCGCCGAGCACGCGAUAGGCGGAGUGAUUGGGCUCGUUUUCAAUGCCAUCUUCGCUCAACAGACGAUCAUCUCUCUCGAUGGUGUCAACACUUCCAUCUCCGGCGGCUGGCUCGAUCACAACUGGAAACAGAUGUACAUGCAAAUAGCAUAUAUUGCCGCCGCAUGCGCCUACACCUUCGUCAUGACCGCACUCAUCGCGAAGGCUGUCGACCUCAUCCCUGGCUUGCAUCUGCGCGCGGGAGAGGAGGCAGAAGGGCUCGGAAUGGACGAGGAUCAGAUCGGAGAAUUCGCGACGGAUUAUAUCGAAGUCAGGCGCGAUUACACGGAUUGGACGGCCGCGCCGGGUGUUAGUGAUGACUCAGUACCACCAGCUGCAAAACUUGGAGGAGAACAUGCGGACUCGGAUGUGCAUCCUGUUGCGGCGGGUGAUCGACAUGGGCAUGCGGAGCUGGGGAACGAAAAGACGAAUGGCGUCGCACAUUGA